CUCGUUGAGAGUUGCUCGAUCAUCUCUUCUACGUUGUCAUUGAAAAGCAGAGAUAUGUUCGCCGUUGCUACCGCUACAGAUUCCACUAACAACUAGAGCGCAGGUAGGAAGCCAGGCAAAGGGUCAGCUAGCGACGCAACGCUUAAGCCAUCGGUAAGCUUGAGCACGACAACAACAACGACAUACUUUCUACCAUAUGUAAGAUACGCCACAGUGGAAAAAGAAAUCGGUUGGGCCGACCGCUAGAUAGUGAAGUCCCAGAUGUCAUACUGCCUUCGGUAGCAACGGAAUCAUUGGAAUCUGAGAGUACGCAGAUCUGAGAAAGAGGACAUACAGGAAGCUUCGAACGGAGUCUCUUCAACGUCGUCUUUAUCUCCUAAUCGCUGUAAUCAACAGUUGAGCUGCUCUCAUCAGCAGUGUUGCUAGCAUACGUCUUUCCCGUAACGAUCGGCAGGUUCGCGUAAAAAUUCGGUAGUCGCCCGUUAAAGUGUGCAUGGUUUUCAACAUCAACGGUGUAUAUAGAUGGCUUCUACAGUGGCUUAUGAGGACAGCUGUGUGUGUUAAGACGAGUCCUACCCAAACGGACCUCCUUAAAACUGUCGUUUUCGGUCCUACGCUAUCGUUGGCCUAAUAGUACUUGUGUGUGCGUGUGUGUAUUCAUUCAUUGAACAGGGUCUGCCCGAGGAGGUUACUGUGGUACGCUAGGAUGCAAGCGAAUCGCAAUGUGACUGUUUGUCUAUUCUGUGGUUAUUCAGUCAUUUUGUGUUUAAUGGCACGCUGCUAGAUGAGCGAACGCAUUCGGGAUCGGAAAUAGACGACGUUUGCAAAUCAGCGACUGGGUGUCGUAAUUACGGAUACAUUUGUCGUUUCGAGAGGGAUAGCAAUCGCUCACUAAAAAAGACGGCCGUACCUAAAUUCCAGGAAUUGCUGUAAGAUAAAUUGAUAGGUGCCCAAAGAUGAGUACAUCAAGCGAGCACUUCUUGGAUCUGGACACGCCGAGGUGUGAUCUCGAAGUGGAUGAGGUUCGAGCGUCGCCGAGUGGUGCCUCUGGGUCAAAUUCUUUGCCUGGGGUUGUAUAUUACUCAUAUAAGGAUUUUCCGACAAGGUCUUUAAGUGUCAUGCACACAUACUGGGUCCAAGAGAAAAUGUGCGAUGUUGAAAUUCAGCUUGAAGACGAUACCACACCCAUCCGUGCUCACAGGGUAGUCUUGGCCGCGGCAAGUCCCUAUUUUCGUGCAAUGUUUACCUCGAGAUUCGAAGAUGCUUCAAAAGAAAGGAUACAGAUAAAGGGCUUGAGCAAAAUAAUCAUGCUGCAGAUUCUCAAAUUUGCAUACUCAGGGCAGGUGCGAAUGCUCAACGACGAUAAUGUUUGUGAGCUGCUUGCGGCAGGAAAUAUGCUACAGAUACGCGAGGUAACCGAAGCUUGUGCGCGUUACCUGGAGGGCCAAUUGGAUCCAUGCAACUGUAUUGGAAUAUUUCGAUUCUCCGGACAACACAGCCUUCGCAAACUGCAACACAAAGCUGAAGCAUACAUCUAUGAACAUUUCGAAAAGGUGUGCCAAAAUGAUGAGUUCCUUGAAAUGCAGCUCUGCGAAAUGUUACACAUUAUCAAGAAUGACAAUUUCAGCGUCCGUAAUGAUGCUUUGCUCCUUGAGGCGUGUCUCAGGUGGAUACGCCACGAUAUAAGUGGUCGGAAGGGCUCACUACGAUUGAUCCUGCAGGUUUUACGAAGCAGCUUUUCUUCGGUAGAGUAUCUUGAAGAGGUCAUCCGGACCUGUCCCCUCAUUCAAGAAAGGCCAGAAUGUGUCGACUACCUCCAGAAUAUUGUAAAGGAAUUGAAUCGUAAAAAGUUUUUUUACCGUGUUCCACCGCCUCGUGGUUCGUCCACUUGUUCGUCGGUUCUUUACGUCAUCGGAGGUUACCAUAUUUCUUCGCUGCCUAAUUUUGAGGUUUUUAAUGCAGCUGACGGCUCCUGGAUUUCACAGCCGAACUUGCCUGCUGCUCGUUCAGGUCUAGCUGUUGUCGCACUCGAAAAGCGCCUGUUUGCGUUAGGUGGUCGGGCACAUCACAGAAAUAGCGACGUCCCUGUGGAGGACACUCCCUUCGUACACAUUUUCGACAUCGAACAAAACUGUUGGACGGAAGGCCCAUCGUUGCGAACACCUCGAAAUCGUCUGGGAGCGGUGUCCCUUGACGGAUACAUUUAUGUUACAGGCGGUUCUCAGCAAAGGACGAUCCUUAACACAGUCGAAAGGUAUAGCCCUCUUACGAACAGUUGGAGGUACGUUGCGCCAAUGAAUGUUGCACGUUCGGGCCACGGCUGCACGGUCUGUAACGGCAAGAUCUACGUAAUCGGUGGAUGCAGCGGAACGGAAAAGCUAGACGCGAUGGAGGUGUACGAUCCCCAAAUCGACCAGUGGACGUCUCUUAGACCGCUACCUGAUCCUCGAAGCGGGCUAGGAGCUGCAAGUUUAGGACCAUACGUAUUUGCUAUCGGGGGAUGCGAAAACACCCAAGUAAGCAAGGUGGAGAGAUAUAGUACAGAGACAGACGAGUGGCAAAGUGUGGGUUCACUCAUUGAGCCCAGAAGUGCUAUGAGCGUUGUUGCAAUGGCUUCGAAAUUAUACGCUAUCGGUGGAUUCAAUGGAAACCAGUUUCUCACAUCGAUGGAGGUGUACAACUCCGAGAAGGACGAAUGGUGCUCAGGUCCACCAUUGCCGACACCUCGAAGUGGGCACGGAACUGCCGUUCUGUAGUGAACGCCCCGUUAAUCUCUAGUAGCAGUAGACAUCUACUGACAAGACCUUGUGCAUUGCCCACAGCAAUUUGACAUGCUCGCUUAAGCGUAUUGAGAUAAUGUUGUAGCCGGUUACCUAAACCCAAUAUAAAUACGUAAGUGCAAGUAUUUGUUAAAGGCGACCAUCGCAAAGAAGUAUCCUCCUAAAGGAUUCCGAAAAUUGUUUUCUUGUAGGUCGAAGAUAAUUAAAUUCCCUAAGGUCCCAUCACAAGGAUUAUAGGUUGCAUCGUGUCCGUUCGAAGUAAUCUAUCUUCGGCUAGGCAUAGAGCCAUAGACUUCGGCCAGAAGUCCUUUGAUGGUUUCGGCUUGAUUUAGAACGGCUAAAUGAACAAUUUACCCGCCGGACUUAGAUAAUAACAUCGAAAACGUAACAGUAACGCACAAUUGGCUUUUUAAUAAUGGAAUGCCGUGUCAGUUAUUUCGAAAUAGAAAAUAUAGCGAUUGCUUGAAACACUUGUAGAUAGUGUUUUAUCUCAAUGAUAGCUUCACUUUUGUUUCCCCGAGAUUUAAUCCACUCGUAGAAUAUUUUCUAAAAUAGAUAGAGAUUAUUUAAGUAGCAUUUUAAGAGGCUCAUGCCUAUUAUAUUCGCUUAUAAUAUAUAAUUCGUAUAUAAUAAUACGAAUAAUAAUAAUAGUAGUACGAAAUCAACCGUGCGAAAAUGCCAAUUUCCGAUGCUAGCGUCUCUUUUAUCAGGCAACCAAAUGCAAAGUUAGCCGUUGUGACAAUUCAUCGUGCGUUAUUUGACAUAGUGGUGCGGCGUUUAUCGAUUGAGUAGAUAUCGUGGCUUCUUUGAUCAGGUAUUGGACAAUAGGCCAAAGCAAAAAGGCUUCCCGACUGUUUUUCUCGGGAUUGGCGUCUCAGCAAAUAGGCCGAACGAUUUAUAAUGCAUGGAUUCAAGCUGUGCUAUGGAGAAAUUAUAGCCGUUACUUACUUCAAAAUAAUCUACCAAAGCACUGUACAAGGUAAUUGUACUUAAUCGAGUGAUCAUUUUCUAGUUUUACUCGUAUGUGGUUCUUCAUUAGCCUCCUCUUCGUACCUUUAUCUAUCCAGAUCCAAUGAUAGUCAACAGGUAAACACGUCAGAAAAAAAUACUCAUAAAUUAGGCCAAGUAGCAUUUAGAAGAGUGUGAUGUUAGGUAGGUACAGGGUACUUGAAAAAUCGAAAUGACUGCUUAUAAUUAAAACCGUAUAUUCUAUUCUUUUCAAGCGUUUGUUAUUUGAAAGUAAUACGAUCGAUACGUGUUAUCUUCUAAAAGUGCUAAUAAUGGUAUACGCAGUUCUUCUUCAAGGGGAACCUGAACCGUUAUAAAUGAGUUAAAUUCUACGAGACAAGAACCCUCGAAUUUUCAUAAACAGAUCUUCAAAAUGUAUUAGUUUGAGUACACAGGUUCCACACUCUAGUACCAAAAACCCUUACAGUGAACUAGCAGUAUGCAUCGUGCGUUAUGUACCGAAUACAUUGACCCAAGCUGCUCUGAGCCUUGUUCCUUGAAAGGGACCUGCUGGCUUGCCAUACAUUAUUAUCGAUUGUACUAUUGGUAAGCAAGCGUUUUCAUUUCGAUGAUACCAUGAAAUCUCGUUUUUCUAUUGUUUGCGUUACCGCAGUCUUCAAACACA